GAAAUCGAAAAAAAAUACAGUGUUUUUGUCUUAGUGAUGAAAACAUUAAAGCUGAGUUCCCCGCGCAGUUCCCGUGAAUUUGCGCCCCAGUCACUUGACUCAGCGGCCACCCGCACAAACAAAAUGUAAACGAAAUAAAAAGAUGGCAGAUUUCUUCUCUGACGAGAGCGAAAUCUCACCCUCGUCUUCGCUAUCAGCCACAUCAGAGACGAUGACAUGCCCAUUAUGCCUCCGUAGGAGUAAAUACCUCACUUGCUGCUCUUGUCUGAGGUCAGGGAGCGUCACACACACAGGGAAAAGGCCGGAAAGUUAUUGUGAAAAGGUUAAAAGACUAGCUGACUUGAAACACGUAAAGGAAGCCUUUCAAAAAAGAGUGACAGAAGAAAUAGCCAAUAGGCAAGCAGUACAGCAGUUGAAUGAUGCUGUCAUCUUAAAAAGAGAAAAGAUUUCAUGUAUACAGAGUGUUAUAAGGCUAAUUCAACAACACACUUCCCAAGAUCAACAAUCUUUAGAUUCUAUUAGGAAAUCAAAUGCUGUCAAGAAAGUUAAAUUAAAAAGCAAUGCAGAUGAGAUCAAGACACUCUUGGAAGUGAAGAAAAAACACUUGGCAACAUUAUCUAAAAGGAUGAGAGACCUGAAAAGUCUACAGAAUGAGCUUGGCCAAGUUCGACAGAGAAGUAUGGCCCUUGUUCAGAAGUACCUUUUCCCAAUACAGGCGAUACCAGUUUAUCCAGUUAUGGGCACACCACCGCCACCACAACACACACCGGAAUCAUUGGAUUUGUCAAGAGAGCUAAGUUUUGAAGAUCAAGCUGAUGCAAGUGUUGAAUCUGCCCUUGCUGAAGCUACCCAGACAUCAUAUGUCCAAGGCAAAUGGGUCAAUGAGACAGCAACUCUAGAGCUUAGUAUCAUUGAUAGCAGUCUGCCUUGGAGUGGUGACUACUCAGCGUAUAGGCACUGGGUGAAAGCCCAUAAGAACGGAUCAAAAGGCCCAGAUGAUGAUGUUGGACUGCGCAACCCUGCGUAUACUAUCAGCUCAGCACUGACGCAUGCCGCUCAGCUACUGGAGCUGCUUGCCUCUCUCUUGGAUGUCAACCUACCCAGUAAACUAAGCUACAGUGAAUUUUGUCAAAACGAGAUGGGUCGCAAGGAAUUCCAGAGUGCAUUGAGCAGAUUGAACACAAACGUACUGCACCUCUGCUUCACUCAGCACGUGGAUCCCACGCUGCUCCAUCCGCACCGGACAUUGAAUAACCUGUACGCACUUAUCAACACGACGUGCACCGGAAGAGGGGGCCCAUUUGAGUACCACCCCGAACUCUUAUCUACCGAUAACGAGAGUGCCGAAGACCGUCCGAGUGACUUCGAAUCCAGCUCCGAAGAAGACGGUGACAGUGACACGGAAGCCGAUUGGGAAACGCUACCAAAGAACGUGGAGAUUCCCGACACUCCUCCCUUUGGGGGAACCAACACGUCAUUUACAGAAAGCAUAACGUCACGAUCCAUGACGUCACACUCUACAUCAUCUAGUGAGCAUGAAACCGAUGCUCGGCAGAAUGAGACGAGUAUGAGUUUAGUCAGUUCUGCAGUCUCCGCACUUUGGAACUGGAAAAAUAACCGAGACUAAAAUAGUAACGCGAUCUUGUGGUUGUUGUUUUUUACUUGUUGUGUAUUUUUUUUUUUUUAAAUACAGUAUGCUAUUAUUAAUUGUGGACAUUGA